AUGAUUCGUGGAUCAGCCCUCCGUACCAGCGCUAAAAACUUGACAGCUCGUCGUUUUAUCUCGAGUGCCAAUUCUCAAACUAAAUAUGCUACAUUAUCCAAUGGAGUAACUGUCGCUACUGAAAACAACCCACACGCCGAAUCCGCUACUGUUGGAUUGUGGUUCGGUGCUGGUUCGAGAUCAGAACACCCAUACAGUAAUGGUAUUUCUGCUUUAACUGCUAAUACGUUGUCCAACAACGUUCAAAAUGGUGUAUUAUUUACCAGUGAAAACACCAAGGAAACGAACGGGAUUAUUGCUCAAUCUACCAACGAAAACGUCAAGGAAGCCGCGAAUGCUAUUGCAAACAUUGUGAAGAACUCUACUGCUACUUUAGAACUGAACGAAUUCGCUAAAGCUAAGGCCUCAUUAAUUGCGCAAGCCAACAAACUCGAAUCUAUCCCAUCCAAGAUGGUUUUGGAACACUUGAAUGCGUCUGCAUACCAAGGUUUCUCGUUAGCUUUACCAACCUUAGGUACUGCUGAAUCGGUCCAAGAUUUGGAAGUGCAAGAUUCCGUUCGUUUGCUCGAAAGACACCUCGUCGGUUCUAACACCGUCAUCGCUGCCUCGGGUAACAUCAACCACGACGAAUUAGUCGACACUCUUGAAAGCUCUUUAUCCAUCCCACAAGGUUUAAAGCCAGCUACCAAGCCAGCCACUUUCUUGGGUUCUGAAAUUAGAAUGAGAGAUGACACCUUGCCAAAGGCUUACGUUUCUAUCGCCGCUCAAGGUGAAGGUAUUACCUCCCCAGCUUACUACGUUGCCAAGGUUGCCUCUGCUAUCUUUGGUAACUUUGACCACAACUCUGUUAAUGCUAAAUUUACCAGUGCUAAAUUAGCUUCCAUCGUUCAAGAAUAUCACAUCGUUGACAAAUACACCCACUUCUCCACCUCUUACUCGGACACUGGUUUAUGGGGUUUCAAUGCUGAAAUUUCUAACGUUGGUAGUGUUGAUGAAUUUGUUCACUUCACAUUAAAGGAAUGGAACAGAUUAUCCAUCUCUAUCUCCGAUGCUGAAGUUGCUCGUGGUAAGAACGCUGUUAAGACCGCUUUAUUGGCCGAAUUAAACUCCACCAAGGCUAUUGCUUCUGAUAUUGCCAACAAGGUCUUAUUGACUGGUUACAGAAACUCUCUCCAAGAAGCUUUAGAAAGAAUCGAUUCUAUUACUACUAAGGACAUUAAGUCCUGGGCUCAAGUCGCCUUGUGGGAUCAAGAUAUCGUUAUUUCUGGUACUGGUCAAAUCGAAGAUUUAUUUGACUACAACCGUUCUAGAAAUGACAUGGCUAUGAUGAGAUGGUAA